AGAAUGAGCGGAAAGUGGCUGAAAGAAAAGCAUGAACUGGAGGUUUAUUGAAUUCAUCUACUUGCUGUUUAUAUGGGACCAUAUAACAGUAAAGCCUUCCCGCCAGGAGUCUGCAGCCACACAGCACCAUGUCACCAAACAGUUUGAUUGGCUUAUAUCGGACAGAGGCCCUUUCCACAGCUCGCGAGGAUACUUAUCCUUUGUGGAAAGAUAUCGUCAAGGAUUUACAACCAGAUACAAAAUAUAUAGAGAAUUUGCACGCUGGAAGGUGAGAAACACAGCCAUCGAGAGGAGGGACUUCAACCGGAAUCCUAUCCCACUCAUGCCGGAGUUCCAGAGAAGCAUCCGCUUGCUGGGAAGAAGACCCUCGACCCAGCAGGUCAUCGAUACCAUCAUCCGGAAAUACGGAACACACGUGCUGUUAUCUGCCACGCUUGGGGGUGAAGAAGCACUUACCAUGUACAUGGACAAAAGCAAGUUGGACAGGAGGACCGGCAACAUCACCCAGAGUGUGGAAGCGCUCCACCAACUGGCCUCCUCGUACUUCAUCGACCGCGAUGGAACUAUGCGGAGACUUCACGAAAUACAGAUCUCCACCGGAGCCAUCAAGGUGACGGAAACUCGGACUGGACCUCUGGGAUGCAGCAGCUACGAGAAUCUUGACUCCGUGAGUUCAGUUCUGCUGCAGAGCCCCGAGAGCAGGUUGCAUUUACAAGGCUUGCAGACAGUCCUUCCCGAGUACCUGAGGGAGAAGUUCGUGCAGUCGGCCCUGAGUUACAUUAUGUGUCACGGGGAGGGCGAAUACAUAUGUCAGAACAGUCAGUGCGCUUGCCAGUGUUCAGAGGACUUCCCGCAAUGCAACUGCCUCACCGACAUCCAGCUCAUGGAGAACGCACUGGCCGGACUUUCGGAUUUCUGGAAUACGGCUUACAAGGACUUCGAAAAUUCAGACGAGUUCAAGUCCUUCAUGAAGCGGUUACCGAGCACUCAUUUCCUGACCGUGGGGAGCGUGCACCAGCUCUGGGGCAACGACUGGGAUCUCCAGGCGCGUUACAAAAUGCUCCAGAGCUCGAUGGAGGGGCUGAGAGCCAAAAUCCAACGCACUGCCCGCAAGCUCUUCAGCCUCAGUAUUCGCUGUCGCCACAACCCAAAUCACCAGAUGCCUCGAGAAAGGACAGUGCAUCAGUGGUUGAACCGUGUGCAAUCGCUCCUGUACUGCAGCGAGAACGGCUACUGGGGCACCUUCCUGGAGAGCCAGAGAAGCUGCGUGUGCCACACGGUGGCCAAAGUGUGCCAGAGGCCCAUCCCGUGCUCCAUCGGUGCCAACAACAGCUGUGCCAUGUGCAGCCUGGCCAACAUCUCCCUGUGCGGCUCCUGCAACCGGGGCUUCAAGCUAUACCGGGGCCGCUGCCAGCCUCAGAACGUGGACUCUGAGCGCAGCGAACAGUUCGUGAGCUUCGAGACGGAGCUGGACUUCCAGGACUUGGAGCUGAAGUACCUGCUCCAGAAAAAGGACUCCCGCUUGUCCAUCCAGACUAUGUUCAUAAGCAACGAGAUCCGGCUGGACACCUUUUUCGACCCGCGGUGGCGGAAGAGGAUGUCGCUGACCCUCAAGAGCAACAAGAACAGGGUGGACUUCAUCCACAUGAUCGUGGGCCUGUCCAUGAAGAUCUGCCAGAUCAGGAACAGCAGCGUGGACCCCGUGUUUUUUGUUUACAUCAACCCCUUCAGCGGGAGCCACUCCGAGGGCUGGAACAUGCCGAUCGCGGAGCACGGCUACCCCGACUGGGAAAAGACGAGACUGCAGAACGCGCAGUGCUACAACUGGACGCUGGUCUUGGGCAACCGGUGGAAGACGGUCUUCGAGACCGUGCACAUUUACCUGCGGAGCCGCGGAAAGCUGCCCACGGCCCUCCGCAACGACACGGCGCAGGGCCCCGUGGACCUGUCGGAUCCAGCCAAGCGGCAGAUCUACAUAAAGAUCUCCGACGUGCAGGUGUACGGUUACAGCUUGCGUUUCAACACCGACCUGCUCCGCAGCGCGGUCCAGCAGGUCAACCAGUCGUACACUCAGGGCACGCAGGUCUACUCCUCGUCCUCGGUCAUGCUGCUGCUCCUGGACAUCAGGGAGCGGAUAAACCGACUGGCCCCCCCGGUGGCGCCCGGCAAACCUCAGCUGGACCUCUUCUCCUGUAUGCUCAAACACCGGCUCAAGCUCAACAGCAGCGAAGUCAUGCGGGUCAACCACUCGUUGGACAUGUACAAACGGGAAAUUCUAAAGCAGGCCGACCCACUGACUGCCAAACUGUGCUGAGGAGGGUGUUGUUGUUGUUGUUGAUGUCAUCCUCGGGGGGGUAUAUAUAUUUUUUUUUUCUGUUGUUUGUUUUGUUUUUUUUCCCCCUUCACUCUUUUCCGACGAUGUAAACGGGGAUUUAUAAAAACGCAACCGGACGACAAGGACGAUGCCCACGGGUCCCCUCGAUUUGCGGAAACGUCCCAAAAAAAUAAAUAUAUACAUAUAUAUAUAUGGAGGGAAAACAACAGAAGAAGAAGAAGAAGAAGAAGAAGAAGGAAAAACAAAGACGUUCGACUCAGACUGCGACAUAUUUGUUCCAAGCAUGUUUCUUAUCUCUUCAGACAGAACAAAUUUGUAGUCUCCCACUUUAAGC